GCCACAAUGUACGCACUGUAGCUUCUGCCAUAUGAGAGAGACAUCGUGAACAACAAUUCUUCAACUAAGCUUCUUCUUCUCCACACACACACACACCAUUCACUCAAUGAUCACUACAUGCAGAGCUUCUUCUUCUUCUUCAAGCGCCAACCCAUUUUCUCUACGUUCUUCCAUACAUUCCAAACCACCAUCUCUGUCUCUGAGUCUGCUCUUUUUCCCUCGCAACUUGAACAAAUGCAUUGCUCUUUCCUCAGCCACACAGUGCAAACCCAGAAGCCAUUUGGAGGGUAAAGAAGGAAAUUUGAAUAAUGGGGUAGAAGAAGAGGGUGACCGUGAGGUUCACUGUGAGCUCCAAGUUGUUUCUUGGAGGGAAAGGAGAGUUAAAGCUGAUAUUUCUAUCAAUGCUGAUAUUAAUUCAGUUUGGAAUUCUCUCACUGAUUAUGAACACCUUGCUGAUUUCAUACCAAAUCUUGUUUGGAGGUAUGGACUAAAAUGAUAUUUACAUGGAUAAUAUGAGAGUUGUUUUGUUGUUAGUGGUCGUAUUCCUUGCCCUUUUCCUGGAAGAAUAUGGUUAGAGCAAAGAGGAUUUCAAAGGGCGAUGUAUUGGCAUAUUGAAGCUCGUGUUGUCUUGGAUCUUCAAGAAUUGCUUAAUUCUGAAUGGGAUCGAGAACUUCACUUUUCCAUGGUUGAUGGAGACUUUAAGAAGUUUGAGGGCAAAUGGUCUGUAAAAUCUGGAACAAGGUCAUCGUCAACUAACUUAUCUUAUGAGGUUAAUGUGAUACCAAGAUUCAAUUUCCCGGCUAUUUUCUUGGAAAGGAUUAUCAGAUCAGAUCUUCCUGUGAAUCUCCGAGCCCUAGCAUAUAGGGUUGAAAGGAAUGUUUUGGGAAGUCAGAAACUUCCCCUGCCAGGAGAUGACUUGCAUAAAACUUCUUUGGCUAUUAAUGGAUCUUCUGUCAAAAAGAUAAAUGGCUCUUUGCGUGAGAAUGACGUAUUGACACAUGGAGAGGAUAAAGAAGGUUUGGACACUUCAAUUUCCGGUUCAUUGCCCACGUCUUCCAGUGAGUUAAAUAGCAAUUGGGGUAUAUUUGGAAAAACUUGUAGCCUUGACAAGCCGUGUCUAGUGGAUGAAGUUCAUCUUCGCAGAUUUGAUGGACUUUUGGAAAAUGGAGGCGUUCAUCGAUGUGUUGUUGCAAGCAUAACAGUUAAAGCUCCUGUCCGUGAUGUAUGGAAUGUUAUGUCUUCCUAUGAGUCUCUUCCUGAGAUAGUUCCAAAUUUAGCAAUCAGUAAGAUUUUAUCACGAGAUAACAACAAAGUCCGCAUUCUUCAGGAAGGGUGUAAGGGCCUGCUCUAUAUGGUGCUUCAUGCUCGUGUUGUGUUAGAUUUGUGUGAAUGCCUAGAACAGGAGAUUAGUUUUGAACAAGUUGAAGGUGACUUCGACUCAUUCCAGGGAAAAUGGACUUUUGAGCAACUAGGAAAUCAUCACACACUGCUAAAGUACUCUGUGGAUUCAAAAAUGCGCAAAGAUACUUUCCUUUCUGAAGCUAUCAUGGAAGAGGUCAUUUAUGAAGAUCUGCCAUCAAACUUGUGUGCAAUAAGAGACUACGUUGAGAACCAGAAAGCAUCACAAUUUUCGGAAGUUUGUGAGCAGAAUACAAAUUCAGGACAAAUAGUUAUUUCAUCUGGCUCUGGAGAUGAUAACAGCUCUAGUUCAGAUGAUGCUUUUUCUGAUUGUAAUGUUCAAAUCUCAUCUAAUCAUAGGCCAAGAGUUCCAGGGUUACAGAGGGACAUUGAAGUCCUAAAAUCUGAACUCCUGAAAUUUGUUGCUGAAUAUGGACAGGAAGGAUUUAUGCCAAUGAGGAAGCAGCUUCGGUUGCAUGGAAGAGUGGAUAUUGAGAAGGCUAUAACUCGCAUGGGUGGAUUCAGAAAGAUUGCAACCAUAAUGAACCUCUCUCUAGCUUACAAAAACCGCAAACCCAAGGGUUACUGGGACAAUCUUGAAAAUUUGCAGGAUGAGAUAAGUAGAUUUCAAAGGAGCUGGGGAAUGGACCCAUCAUUUAUGCCGAGUAGAAAGUCAUUUGAACGCGCAGGCCGUUUUGAUAUUGCACGAGCGCUGGAAAAGUGGGGUGGACUUCAUGAGGUUUCUCGCCUUCUGUCUCUCAAGCCGAGGAGAAAAAGAAGUAGACAGGACAACCUUGCCAAGGAUAGGAAAAAUGAUGAAAUGGAAUUACCUGAUGUAGAUAGUGAGAUGAAGACAGCAUCUAGACCCUAUAUUUCUCAAGACACACACAAGUGGCAUAAAGAACUAAAACAGUUGGACAUAAAUUGGGUUGAGUAAAUAUAUCUACACAUGGUAUACCCUAUACCACCACCUAGUUUCUUGACGGCAUACUAUGCACAUUCUUAUUUGCCUCAUUUUUGUUUGUAAAUUUGCUGUUGUCUAUAAUUUUGUUUUGAGCCUCAUUCAUUGGCAAAAAUAGUUAUGUCCUGUUAAAAUUUGUUUCAUUGUCAAUGGGUAUAAUUUUAAGCGCAUGUUAUUUAGAAGUAAA